AUGAGCUCCAAGUUCCUGCUCGACAGCAUGCUGCCCAAGUACCACCACCAGCUGUACCAGCACCAGCAGCACCACCAGCACCUGCUGGCGCCGCCGGGCGCGUCCACGCUCUUCUCGCCGUCGCCCGACUACUCGGGCGCCGUCGCCAGCAACAACUCGCCCAGCUCCGGCGGCUCGUCGUCGCCGCCGCCGCCCCCGACAGCGUCGGCCGUGUCGUCCGCGGCGGCGGCCGCGGCGGGCCGCAUGUACCCGUACGUGAGCGCGGCAGCCGUGCACCACCACCACCACCAGGCGUUCGCCGGGGGCGGCAUGGUGCCGCCCGGCGCCUUCACGUCGCCGUCGGCCGCGCUGGCGGCGGCGGCGGCCGUAGACGCCGUGGCGGCCGCCGCCGCCGAGAAGAGCUGCCGCUACACCGCGGGCUCCGGGGGCGGCACCGGCGGCGGGGGCGGCGCGGGCGGCGGCGGCUCCGGCGGCGGAGGCGGCGCGCCGCCCCCGAGCAGCGCGGCGGACGCCAUGGCGGGCUACAACUCGCUGGCGGCGGCGGCCGCCGCGUCGCACCACCACAACCACCACGCCUCUGCAGCCGGGGGCGGCGCCGGGGGCGGCUCGGGCGCCGGGCAACACAACGGCGCCGGGGCCGUGGCGGCCGCCUCCAGCCCCUCGGGGGCGGUCGUGUCGGCGUCGGCGGCGGCAGCCACGGCGUCCGCCUCCAUGGCGGCGGCGGCGCAGUUCUACCACCAGGCGGCGGCGGCUGCUGCGGGGGCGGGCGCCGACCCGCUGGGCACGUCCUGCUCGCAGCCGGGGGCGGCGGCGGCGGCGGCGGCGGCCACGCAGCCCCUGCCGGACAUCCCGCGCUACCCCUGGAUGUCCAUAACUGAUUGGAUGAGCCCAUUCGACCGCGUUGUCUGUGGUGAGUACAAAAUUUUAAUUACUUUCACUAUUUCUUUCUCUUGA